AUGUCUCACAUGCAUGGUCUUGAACCGAUAUUCACAGUCUUCAAUUACGUUCCGGCCACAGUUUCUCCAUUGUGCUCAACAAUUUCUUGUAUCGGUAUGGAUUUCAACAACAAACCUAGUUUAAAUUUUCAGGUUUUUAAACCGCUUUCAUCUUCGGAUUUAUUGGAGCACAACAUGUUUCAUUGUGAUGGUCUAUUGCUAAUGGUCAUGGGAACCAAAAUUUUAGUUUCCAAUCCGUUGUUGAAAGAAGCAAGAUGGAUCAAAUGUGGCUAUAGCUUUGAGUUUGACCAUUCCAUCGAUGCAUAUGGUCUUGGAUACAUUAGUAACGAGUCACCAAGUGGUUGUAAUGAUUACAAAAUGGUUAGGUUUCGGUGUCCUAAUAAUUUAAGUGUUGAAAUCUACGAUUUCAAAUCUGAUUGUUGGAAGGUUGUUGUUGUUGAUAAAACCUUCCAUGGGUUCUUUCGACUACCAUUGUCAAGUGUGUGUAUAGGAGGAACUCCUUAUUGGAUAGGUUAUAAUAUCUACGGUACCGUUUCGAUACAAAGUUUCGAUUUCUCAAAAGAGAGAUUUGAGACCUUGUUCGAGUCUCUUCAUCACUCAUCCAUCGGGAUCCAGUGGAAAGAUUCUCUUUCUUUAGGGAUUUUCCGUGGAGAUCAUCUUUCUUUGUUACGUGAACCGCACUUAGCAGUUUCUAUAGCUCAACUUCCCAAGUUUCCAAUAUAUCCAAGUCACUUCAUUGAGAACAAUGAAUGCCCGAAAGUUGAAUGUUACUCUUCUAUGGAGUCUUCAAUUGGUGGUCCUGGUUGCUACUAUAUAUGUCCCAAGCUUACUUCCGGUUCCAGGCUUUUCGAGGUAAUUAAGAGGAAGAAGAAUAAGCGUGCUCCGAUCCAUUGCUACGAGUUAAAUGGUUAUCUUCUUUCAUGUUUAUAA